GUUGACGGCGGUGGCUUACACGACGCUCCCGUGAAUUUUCUCGUGUUGCACCGUGUGAUUUCCACUUUUCAGCCUUUUCAUUCCCCCCAGAUUGUGCGUUUUUCGUAGAACCAACAGCGCACCUGACAAAGCGAAUCCGUGCAAGUCAACAUCGGGGUUUUCCACUUUGGCCAACUAUCCGAACGAAGAACGUGACGGUACAUGUUCGUGCGUGUGUUGUUCAAGCGAGUUGCAAAGGAAAAUGUCGGAUUCUAGCGCGAAGCCGGUUGAGGAAGUUCCGACCCACGGAACACCGACAAAGCGCACGCCAAAACGGAAGGCGGAUGCAUUCCAGAAGGAAAGCGAAGAGUUGCUGAAAACGCUCGGUGUUAGCACGGAGGACCUAGAAGAUGGGCGUCGUCGGACGAGAUCGAGCGCUCGCGGUGUCACAGCAACACCACCGACCACGCCGGCAACACCGCCUGCUAAGCGCGCUCGAGGCACAAUCGCAACAGCAUCAAAGGCAUCGCCAUCAUCAGCGGCGGACUCACAGAAAGCUACCAGCAAGUCUACUCCCAAGAAGCGAGGUGGUCAAGUAGCCGAGCCAAAAAAGAUUGAUCUUCAAGAAGAAGAACAGCCGAAAGUAGACAAAACAUCUGCGAAAUCGAAGGACACAUCCUCCGAAAAGAUGGAAACUGAUGCUGCCCCUCCUGCGACUGUGGUCAACACGGCCAGUGAAGUCACCAGUGAAGCAAAGGAAGAAGCACCCGUGGUCAAGGAUAAAGACACACCGAAGGCCAGCGAGGAAAGCCAGAAGCAGGAAGAAGUAUCCUCACCCAAGGAAACGGCGGAUGUUAUCGAAAAAGUCGUUGCUAACGACACGUCGGAAACGAAGCCAUCUUCCGAUUCUUCGUUAACUGUUACGAAAGUCCAGGAUGAAAAGCUACCGAGUGAAUUAGAAGCGAUAGUGGCGAAAGAUGAUGGUAGUGAGACGAAGAAGCCAUCCGCUGAGGAAACGACGAUUGACAAACCGCCUUCGGAAGCGAUGGAAGUAGACGCACAGAAGAGCACGGUAGAGGCUCCGGAAAGCGUGGUGGAGCAGCCCAAAGCUGUUGUUGACCCGGCUGAGAAAGCUUCCGACAAUGUGGACGCAACCGUUGCAGGAUCCACACCAACGAAGAAGGAAGAUGAUGUUAAAGUGGAUGAAAAGGAGACACCGGUAGCCCCGGAUGCCCCAACGGAAGUUGUGGCUAACGGCGAGGUAGCGACCCCGAUCAUCUCCGAAGCAGCACCAGCGGAAGUACCAGCCGAAAAAGAAGUGCAGGAGACGAUCCAGGCUAGCACUGUUACUGAAGCGUCCGCAAAGAACGACGUAGAAACUGUUGUGAAGCCGAAGGAUGCUGCUUCCGAAGUAGAUGCAGCUUCUAUUAAAACUCCAAUCGUUGGAUCGGAUAAUUCAUUGGCUAAAGUAGAAGAAACCGUCAGUAAAGUAGAGAGCAAUAGUGUUGAUUGCGAUCGUAAAGAAGACAGCGCUGUUGAGAAGAUCAAUUCGAUCGCCGAGCCGAAGAUCGUUUCGACGGAAUCAGCGACAGCGGUGGCGGAGGCAGCACCGGCGGCGGCCCCAUAAAGCAAGCCCGAAUCGUUCACCGGUUACCAGUUGUUGUUCCGCUUCAUUUUCUUUUAGCUAGUUGCCGAGUUUAGUUAUCGCGAGAGGGCACCAAAUGGCUACUUUGCGCGAAUUCGUAGACUCUAGAAUAGUAGUGACAGCGCAGGGUAGUUCUCAAGUGCAUAUUCGAAAGAUUUCUCCAAAGUGCCGAUAGUAUAUAAGAUCUGUUUCCUCCUUUACUUCAAAGAACCGGUAAGAGGUUUUCGAUAAAUUUUACUUUGGACGAGAGGAAAGUCGUCAUACUGUAUCGUCACACGAACAUGAUUCGUGAUCGGUAACAAAAGGGAAAAAACUGUUACCUUUUCUAAGAAGUUUAUUUUCGAUCCCUUUUGCCGCGGUUUUUCCCUAUUCGGAAUCAACUUAACUAUACUAUACGAGCCAUAUUGGAAGGUAUGGAACACGUAUAAAAAUACAUUUAUAAUUGAAGUUUACUUUUUGGAAACAGAACAGCAAAAUUUGAUGCGCGCAAUGCACUGCUUUCUUUUGAAUUUAGAUCAAGCGUUAAUAAACCGGAAAUAAAGUAGAGACUAAUCAGAAAAUGGCUAAAAA